GGCUUCGCGGUGGCCGUGCAUGUUGAAGCGGCGUGUUUACGGAACGCCGAGCGGCACAAAGAGAGACGGAGGAGAGGCGCGCGGAUGGGAAUUGUUGCUGGGGUCAGAACGAGCUGCCCGGUCUGCUGGUCCCGUGUGCUGCUGCAGCUGCAGGACAACCCUCACGCAACACGGGGUCGUCUGCGGCUCGGUGACCUCGUCCACCUGUGCGCACGGAGGCGGACGGUGAGGUCUGCUUGAGGAAGAGCGGCUGGAGAGUAUGAAAGUGUUGAAAGUGACGUUUCUCAGGUGACCGUGCGGCCGGACACUUUCAUGAGCCUUAACGAAACAUGUCAAGCGCCAGACGACGCGAGUGACCUCAGCACCGAGACACUUUGGCCUCAUCGCCUCUGCGAGCUCGUUCUUUUCGUCGUCAAGGCAACCAUCACUUCAGUCCUGCAGAGGAAAAGAGUGAAGUUAUAGUAAAGUUAGAUUACUAUAAAUUAUUAUAUAUUGGUACCAAGAACCCUCAGGAACCGUGACUAAUGGUUAUAAUACUUGCCAUCACCACGGCAACCAUCGUCAUCACCUCUUAGCUAAUGUCCACCAGCUAACGUCUAGCUACACACCAGCAUGCCUACAAUGACAGGCGGCCAGCUCAUCAACUACCCACCGAACGCGGCAUUCAUCACCCCAAGCUCUAUGCCCCCUUUAUCCCGCGCCACCCCUGGCCUCCCUAAGCCCCCCCGCGCCCUGUGGCCCCCUCUGGACUUCACCCUGGGUGCGCUAGCCUGCUGCGGAGCGUGUAUAUUCACCAACCCUCUUGAGGUGGUGAAGACUCGUCUGCAGCUGCAGGGGGAGCUGCGAGCGCGGGGGUCAUAUCAGCGUCACUACCGCGGCGUCCUGCAGGCCCUGUGGGUGGUGGGCCGGACCGACGGCCUGCGAGGUCUGCAGAAGGGCCUGACGGCAGGCUUGCUGUAUCAGGGCCUGAUGAACGGAGUGCGACUCGGGUUCUACUCCUACAGCGAAGCCUUGGGCCUGACGGAUGUGCCGGGGGGAAGCAUGGUGGCGGGAGCGUUGGCGGGGGCGCUGGGGGCCUUCAUCGCCUCCCCUGCUUACCUGGUGAAGACUCACCUUCAGGCGCAGACGGUGGCGGCGAUCGCUGUGGGACACCAGCACAACCACCAGUGGUCAGGACCCCCAUGGACCCUCACAGAGCAGGGUGUUUCCAGCGCCUUUGCCACCAUAUACAGGCGUGAGGGGGUGAUCGGCCUGUGGAGGGGCGUAAACGGGGCCGUGCCGAGGGUCAUGGUGGGGUCGGCCGCUCAGCUGGCCACUUUCAGCUCAGCCAAACAGUGGGUGGCGCACGUACAGUGGUUCAGUCCGGGCAGCUGGCUGAUCGCGCUGACCGCUGCUAUGGUCAGUGGUGUCGCCGUGGCAAUCACCAUGACGCCGUUCGAUGUCAUCAGCACGAGACUUUACAACCAGCCUGUGGACGAGCUGAGAAGGGGUCGUCUCUAUGCUGGUUUUCUGGACUGCCUGGUGAAGGUGUGCCGUACGGAAGGUGUGCUGGGCCUCUAUAAGGGAAUGGGGCCUGUGUUUGUGCGCUUGGCUCCCCACACGGUGCUCAGCAUGCUGCUCUGGGACGUGAUGAGACAGAAAGCGCUGCAGCGCUGCGCGGCGUGAGGAAUUCCGCAGCACCGCGCGACGUGAGGAAUUCCGCAGCACCGCGCGACGUGAGGAAUUCCGCAGCACCGCGCGACGUGAGGAAUUCCGCAGCACCGUGCGACGUGAGGAAUUCUGCAGCACCGCGCGAUGUGAGGAAUUACAGUUUGACCAGCUCUAGAGACUAAAUUGACGAGUUCUAGCAGCAACACAGAGUAAGAGUUCUAGAGCAUGAUCCAGAACUCAUCUAAAGUCUGUAUUUACAUAAUUACAUUUUUUAGAUAUUCCUUGUGGAAAUCACGCACAAAAAGACUGGUCUAGGUUUACAGCUGUUCUGUAGAAGGAAAACCAUUGGGAACUCUAGAGUUCUAGAAUAAACUGUUUAAGACGCUCAGGAAUUCUCACUCCGCAGAUGUUAAUUCUGGAUCACUACUGAAAAUUCUAGAACUCCUAUCUGAUUUAUGGUAGGAAAGGUUUUGAAAACUUCCUUCCAUUGUAGAAACGGGAAAGUUCUAGAAUUGACUAUUGACGAAGUUCUAGAAUUCUUACUCUACUUCUAAUUCUAGAGAAUUCUAGUAAACCCCUGGGAAUUGUAAGCCUCUUAACUGUUUUAUAGUAGGGUUACUGCAGCAAAGACUGGGGGGUUCUAGAAUCGUCUCUAUGUGAAGGUUUAAAAUUAUUUGUGGGUUCUGAUGAUUCUAGAACUCCUAACUAUUUUAUUGUAGGAAAAAUGUUGAGAACAUGCAUCCUGUGUGGAAACUAGGGAGUUUUAGAAUUGAUUCUUGACUAAGUUCGGAAUUCUCACUGCUGUUUCUUCUCUAGAUAAAAAAAAAACUCUUGGGAAUUCUAGAAGACUGGAGAGUUCUUGACUCCCAGUAGAAUUUAACCUAGAUUUAGAGGUCCAAAGAACUUGACUUGAGUGGGCAAAUGAGUGAGUCGGUGAGUGAGUCGGUGAGUGAGUCGGUGAGUGAGUCGGUGAGUGAGUCGGUGAGUGAGUCGGUGAGUGAGUCGGUGAGUGAGUCGGUGAGUGAGUCGGUGAGUGAGUCGGUGAGUGAGUCGGUGAGUGAGUGAUUCACUGAGUCCCUCAGGGAGUCAGAGAGUGAGAAUAAAUGAGUGAGUAAGAGUGAGUAAGAGUGAGUAAGAGUGAGUAAGAGUGAGUAAGAGUGAGUGAGGCGAGUCAGUGAAAAUACUAGGAAUGUUGAUGCAUUUGCUCUACAAAGGAAGACGGAAGUACGAACACAGUGAAUGAGCCGUGAAGCCACUGCUAACACUGUCGUCCCUGGACUGGAGAGGGUGAGCUGUAGUGUUUAGCGCUGUGGGGACGCGUUCUUCCGCUCCUUAUUAUAUAUUUAAAUUAGUUUAUUAACACUAAGAUAUUUUCCAGUGUAGAUCAGGAACGUCUCAGCUGGGUGAAUCACCUGAAACGCAGGUGACUGCCGGACCGUCUACGAAGAAACGGGAAAUGCCUCAUUUUUAAUGUCCGCACACUCCGAGCAGGAGCCUCAGUGUGAUCCUGACUGCCUUAACUGUGUGUUUAGACUUACAUGAUAUUAUUAAAGACUAAUUACUUGUAUUUUUUUAACAAAUUAACCUGAAUUAAAGCACCUAAUUAAAGAAUCUGUUACUUGAA